AUGCGUUCGUCUAUGGUGCUCGUCGGCGCCUACCUGUUCGCUGCUGCAGUCUCUGGCACAAUCAUCAACGAUGUCGAAGACAGAGACAUCCUGUCCGACCUCGAUGUUGUGAACUCGCCCACUGCCCCUGUUGCGUCCGCCACCGACCCUGCCAGCGACACUCAGGCUGCCCAAACAACAUCUGCCUCGCAGACCGACACAGCGUCUCCAUCACCAACAGACCCUCUAGUAUCAACCACUGAGUCCUCUACGACCACGACCUCGGACCCGCCGUCGUCCACCACCACCACUACUACUUCUGACCCUCCGACUUCCACCUCGUCCUCGUCCACUACGACUACGUCGAUACCCGCUCCUACUAGCACUUCGACCACUGAACCUGUCACGUCCACCGACCCUCCAACAUCGACCACAACCUCAUCAGUGCCCCCAGAGACCACCGUUUCUUCCCUACCGGCCGGUGGUGUAACAACUUACGUUCUCACCAGCACCGCCGAACCAGAAACUCCAACCUCUACCACCAGCGCUGCCGCCGGUUCCUCCACCGCCCCUAGUCUUAACGACAGUGGUUCCAGCACCAGCAAUGGACUCAGCACCGGCACACGAAACACCAUCAUCGGUGUUGUUGUCGGUGUUGGUGGUGCCAUCUUGAUUGCCGGUAUUGCCUUUGUUGCCUGGCGCAUCUGGGGACGAAACCGCCAUGAGAGUGACAACGAUGAAGACGAUCUCAUGAGUGCCGGUACUGCCGUGGGCAGCAACUCUCGUGAAAAGGCCCCCAGCCCUGGUGGAACUCCAUUCCGAUCCACUCUGGACCAGUAUCACAACCCCGGACCAGUCAAUGCUGCUUCCAACUUUUAA